AUGGUUGAGCUACCGGACCCCACGGCCGACCUUGACUGGAGCGGAUAUGUUGGAGCCAUCCACGAGACGUUCCACAGGAACGCGCUGGCCUAUCCCGACAGGCCCUGCGUGACCGAGACCAAGAGUUCUACGUCGCCCACCAGGACCUUCACCUACCGCCAGAUCGACGAGGGCGCCAACACCAUUGCCAACUACCUCCACGAGGCGGGCAUCACCAAUGGCGAUGUCGUCAUGAUCUUUGCCCACCGCUCCGUCGAGCUGGUGUGUGCCUUUAUGGGAACUCUGGCUUCUGGAGCUACCAUAACAGUUCUCGAUCCUCUCUACCCGCCUCAGAGGCAGCAGGUCUAUCUCGAGGUAUCCCAGCCCAAGGCCUUGAUCUCCAUCGGCAAGGCCAUAGACGAGAACGGUCCCCUUGCUCCGUUGGUACAAAAGUACAUCGACGAUGAGCUGUCCAUCAAGACCCAGAUCCCGGACCUCCGCCUCAGUGACGGCGGCGUGCUGUCUGGCGGUGAGAAGGAAGGCCGGGAUAUCUUUGCCAGCGUACGAGCCAAGGCCUCCUCACCCCCCGACGUCCUUGUCGGCCCGGACUCCAACCCAACCCUCAGUUUCACCUCGGGCUCGGAAGGAAAACCCAAAGGCGUCCUGGGACGUCACUAUGGCCUGACAAGGUACUUCCCCUGGAUGGCGAAGCGUUUUAACCUCUCGUUCGAGAGUGUGUUCGCCUGUCUCUCUGGCAUCGCUCAUGACCCCAUCCAGCGAGACAUCAUGACGCCGCUGUGGCUCGGCGCCCAGUUGCUCAUCCCGGCCAGGGAAGACAUCCAGCACGAGAGGCUGAGCGAGUGGAUGAAUCUCUGGUCACCGUCCACAACGCACCUUACUCCCGCCAUGGGGCAGAUCCUCGUCGGUGGUGCCACAGCCAAGUUUCCCUCCCUACGGCACGUCUUCUUCGUCGGCGACGUGCUCACCACUCGCGACUGCAAGGCACUUCGCCAAUUAGGAACUUCUUGCUCCAUAGUAAACAUGUACGGCACCACCGAAACCAGUCGGGCAGUAUCUUACUUCGAGAUUCCCUCCGCCGCCGAGGAUCCGACGGCACUCGACUCAAUCGAGGACACUGUCCCUGCAGGUUGGGGCAUGGAGAAUGUACAGGUCCUCAUCGUUUCUCAAAAAGAUCACACAAAGAUGUGCGGCGUUGGUGAGGUUGGGGAACUGUACAUCAGAGCGGCUGGCUUGGCUGAAGGUUACCUCGGCGAUCCCGAGAAGAACAAGGAGAAGUUCAUCGACAAUUGGUUCGUCGAUAACGCCAAAUGGGCCGAAGCCGACAAGGCCAACAACAAGGGUGAGCCGUGGCGCCGUUAUUACAAAGGGCCCCGCGACAGAUUAUACCGCACAGGAGACCUUGGCCAGUAUCUGCCGUCGGGAGCCGUGCGUGUGUCUGGCCGCAUCGACUCUCAGGUCAAGAUCCGUGGUUUCCGGAUCGAGCUCAACGAAAUCGAUGCCAACUUGAGCGGCAGCCCCCUGAUCCGCGACUGCAAGACCCUCGUUCGAAGAGAUCGAAACGAGGAGCCCAAGCUGGUCAGCUACCUCGUUCCCGAGGUGGCCGAGUGGAAGCGCUGGCUGGCGGCCCAUAAUCACGAGGACGUCCAAGACGAUGGUGUGGAGAUGGGAUCCAGUGUGGUCUAUCUUCAGAGGUUCCGCCGCAUGCAGGCCGAAGUGCGAGAACACCUCAACAGCCGCCUGCCGGCUUACUCGGUGCCCUCGGUCUACAUCAUGCUACAAAAGUUGCCUCUGAACCCGAACGGCAAGGUCGACACCCCGAAUUUGCCCUUCCCCGAUGCUGCCGAGAUGAUGGAGGACGCCUCAGAAGAGGAUCUGAAGAGCUGGGAGGCCAUGUCUGAGACGGAGAAGACCAUGGCCUCGCAGUGGUCGGCCCUGAUUCCGAGCCUGAACUCCAAGACUGUCAAGCCCGAAUCCAACUUCUUCGACUGCGGUGGACACAGUCUUCUGGCCCAGCAGCUUCUCCUCAACGUCCGCAAGAAUUUCGGCGCUGACGUGACCAUUGGCGUUCUUUACGACAGUCCCACCCUCAGAGGCCUGAGUACCCAAGUUGACUGUCUGCGCAAUGGCCAGGCUGUCACAGUUGACAAGGCCACCGAAACCGCCUACGCCAGGUCGUUUGACGAGCUUGUCAGCUCGCUGGACGCCAAGUACCAAGGUGCGGACCCGGAUGCCCUAGCCCCCUCGAGUGGUGCCACGUUCUUCCUGACCGGUGCGACGGGCUUCUUGGGCGCCUACCUGGUCAAGGAUAUCCUGGACAGGGAAAACACCAAGCUCAUCGCGCACACCCGUGGAGCCAAGGACCUUGAGUUCGCCAAGGAUCGUCUCGCGAGGUCAGUCAAGGGCUAUGGCUUGUGGCAGGACGCCUGGGCCGACCGGAUUGUCUGUGUCCUCGGUGACCUGUCGAAGCCCCGGCUCGGGCUCGACGAUGCCAGCUGGAAGCACGUAGCCGAGACGGCGGAUGUUAUCGUCCACAAUGGGGCAUACGUCCAUUGGAUUGCUCGAUAUGAGCAGAUGAUGCGUAGCAACGUCCUCUCCACUAUCGACGCAAUGAAGCUCUGCAACGAGGGGAAGCCCAAGCUAUUCUCGUUCGUUUCGUCGACUUCGACACUGGACACUGACCACUACGUCAACCUCUCUCACGAGCAAACUGCGACCGGGCGCGGAGCUGUGCUCGAGGCUGACGAUAUGCAGGGCAGUCGUGUUGGCCUUGCCACGGGUUAUGGUCAAACCAAAUGGGUAUCGGAGCAGCUCAUCCGGGAAGCCGGCAAGCGCGGGCUCCGGGGCGCUGUUGUGCGUCCCGGAUACAUUCUCGGUAGCCGCCACAGCGGCGUUUCGAACGUCGAUGAUUUCCUGAUCAGGUUCUGGAAAGGUUGUGUCCAACUGGCGGCAAGGCCGUUUAUCGUGAACUCGGUGAAUGCCGUCCCUGUGGACCACGUCGCCCGAGUUGUCGUUGCCGCGGGCCUCAACCCCCUCCCCGGCGUCAACGUUGUGCACGUCACAGCGCAUCCGCGACUCCGUAUGAACGAAUUCCUCUCGGCUUUGGGUUACUACGGCUACAACGUGCCCGAGGUCGACUACGAGGAGUGGAAGACGCAGCUCGAGAAGUUUGUGUCGGCCGGGUCCACGGAGAAGGAUCAGGAACAGAGCGCACUCAUGCCGUUGUUCCACAUGGCGAUGUCGGACCUGCCGUUGUCGACGCGUGCCCCUGAGCUGGACGAUAGAAAUGCCGUGGCGGUGCUCAAGGCCGACGCCGACCGGUGGACUGGCAUCGACGACAGCGCGGGCGAGGGCAUCACCCGCGAGGACAUAGGGAGGUAUCUGCGCUUCCUGGUUGAGAUCAAGUUCAUGCCGUGGCCGACGGGCCGAGGACGCGAGCUGCCACCUAUUGCGGCUGAGAUUGUGCAGGCACAGCGGCAAGUAGGUGGUCGCGGUGGUGCGGCUUGA